AAGUGGUCUGUGUGAGAUCGGGACCUUCCCACGCUCUCCUGUCUUGUGGUCGCAGUCGACAGAGUGAACGAAACUCCUGUUUGGUCAGUGUUGGUCGAGUGACUGUAACUUUGCCUCAUCAUCCGGUCCGCUUACACGGGGUGAUGCAACGCCAGGCGAAGCGAAUCUCCUCCACCAUGUUCGAGCUACUGCGUAGUUCGCCAGCUAUGCGCACCAACUCACACUCGUUGAACUUUGCAGAGAAUACCAUGGCUUCCACCGGUCGCAUGGCAACCACUCCAACCACAUGCAGUACGACGACAACAACCGCAAGUGAUACAACCGGUCAAAUGGGUCAGCCUAAACCUCCACAUACCUUCGGCUCUCAAACAUCCAACGUGCCGGUUCGUUUAUCUACCUUGUCUUCGUCCUCGCCACCUCUGGUUUUCAGUCUACUGGCUGUUGCUCAAGGUUUGACCUUGAACGUAGCCUUACAUCCCACCCUGACCGCCAUCUAUCAUAUGGAUCCAAUUUACUUUGUUGGUCAGCUGGGACCUCGCGGACACGUGGACAUUAAUCUGACAGAUCAUUCGCUAAGCCUCAAGUCUUUGCGACCUCCGGUUAAUUUCCCCCAAUCCAUUCGCCUCCCCUUACCUCGCAUUGUGACCACCGUAGUCCGUCGUAUUUCCUCCGGAGGCCGAUAUGCACGUGGUUUCCGCAAAGAGCCACUAAUCACGGAAGGCUUGACAGCGGAGCAGGGUUUGUAUUUGGAUAUCCAAGUCAUGGUGAACACAUUGGAGCAGACACUAACAACCGAUAUGCUCAACUACAUUGUGGUUGUAGUCAAACUGUUCAUGAGAGAAAUCAAUGAAGUAAUUCAGAAAAUGGCUGGCGAAGAGCAGUCUGUGAGAGGAGCUGCCCGCCCACGGCCAUCCAGCUCCUCAGCCAUGUCCAACCUGACUGGAACACCCAAGGCCACGGACACAGAUUGGUUUUUGUCGCGGGCAGCACGCGGGAAGACAAAAUUUACGAUUCGGAUUCAUAUGAAGGAAAUUCAGCUGAUGGCAACUACACUCAGUGGGGCUAUGAAGCUGGAGGCAAAGAAGAUCGAUGUCGAAUUGACAAACAGAGUGUCACAAGCUUCCAUAAAUUCCAGCAUUUUGACCUUCCAGAAAACAUCCAUGCCAGAAAACUCCACAUCUCGCGGACCUCCCAGACCGUCCAAUCUAAAUCUGUGUUCCACAUCCGUACCGCACUGGUCUUCAUCAGUGGAUCAAACUUACCCUUCUGAAGCCGGUUCUGGGGAAUCGCUGUUCAUCUACGUUUCUGUGGGACAUUUGUGUGCCGAACUCGGAUAUCUGGAUCAGACUCCGGCUGUCCCGGUCGUGGAACCUUCUGCACGUCGUUCUCCUGUGCACAAGACUUCUAUAUCUGAGUCGCUUGAACAUCAGUACGGGUUGUUCGAAUCGUCGGUGCCCACUAUAUCGUCAUCCGUUGAUCCUCCGACUACGGGUCUUCAUUCAGACGCGGAGGUUACCGGCACAAACGCUACUGGUAAAGAGACUCACACAGACGGGUCGACUGCGUCCACAUUGUUUCUGCAACUAAAUGUUGAGGAGCUUGGAGUCUGUUUUCCCAUAAAUGUACUCCAGCCGAGUGUUCAGUCGAUGGAAGCGGAUUCACGGACUGCCUUGGUACUGACAUUGGAUCGAAGUCGAAUUUCCGCGUGUUAUCGCGAAUCCCUUGUCAGUCAGAGCGAAUUCACCGAUUUCUGUCUUCGUUUUGACGAUGAAUUCAAUGUGGGCUCUGAUGAUUGGCGUCCGGAUUGGAAGCGUGCUACUGUUGAUGUCAAAGGCAAACCCCAUCUGGUCAUUUUGAACGCAUGUGUUGUUCCCAGUGGCACAUUCAAUGUGUGCUGGCGUGACGUCGAAAACCGCGCUCAGUGGUAUCUGAUUAUCCGUUGGCAAAUGCGCGGUCUCGAUUUCCAUUUGGACGAUAACAUCGGUCGGCGCAUCAAGGCAUUGAUGAGCAUAGUAACUAGAAUCACCGGUUACAAAGGUGCCGCACCUUUGUUGGCUACCUCAGCUGAGGAAGAAGAGGAAGAAUUUGCGAACAUUUCUCCGGCUCGCGAAGAUCCCCAAGAUACCGAGGCACGAUUAAAAUCAGAUGCAACUAACUGGACAAAACAUCCACUUUCGUUAGCUUCCGUCGGUGGUUCUCGCUACCGUCCUCGACGUUCAAUGACUCGUGGUCUCUCCGACCGCAUUUCGGACAACACAUCAUUGGACGAUUAUGUACCGCCUGGGAAUCGCAAAAAACCUCUACCUGAAGAUCUUCUACCAGACCUGGCUCAGGUGCGCAGCAUGGAAUUUCUCAAACACAAACAAGAGCUACUCGAAGCCCAGUACUGCCAAGCGUUCAAGCGACAAAAGUGGAAUACUCUUCGUCGAAGGGGGCCGACACUAUCGCGCAGUCCGCUUUUACAAACCCGUUUAACUGGAAGUAACUCAAUUCAACGAAUUGGACCCUUACCUGCAACUUCAGACCGAUCCGAUAAAAUACCUGCUCACCCGAGUUCCGCCUGCCCGCAGAUCGCCUCUUUCCGCUCGACACUCCUGGAAUCCAACACAGGUGGUUCAGAACCGACAGAUUUGGGUCCAUCUCGAAAUAUUGCGGACACUGGGCGUCGACUAUCACUCCUAUCUGGUAAUGACUCAAUCUACUUCGACAUUGACCGGGAUCGUGACGCCGCGCCGAGGAUUGGUGAUCAGACGUUAGAACUCUCUUCCAGUUAUGAGAGUGUGACCGGUGAUCAAAGUGUGACCAUGACGUACAGAGAAUCGCAGGCAGACAGAAGAAGUGAUCUCUGGUUUGAUCCGUUGGAAAAUCCGGAUGCCAGCCAACUGGACAAUGAUCUGUUGGCCACAUUUCCUGAUGAAUGUUUUCCCUCAGAAGGACUUGCUGACUCUUCGUCAGAUUCGGAUGAGCUUGAGCAGACAAUUCGGCCAGAUGACAAAUCUGUCCAACUGGGCACGGAUAAUUCCCCGCUUGUCGCUACGGACAAACCUGUGCAACCUCCUCCACCACCUCCCCGACGUACCGGGUUGAUCGAGGCAGAGCGUCCCCCUCGCAUCUUAGAGUCCGAUCAAACUAAAGAGACUGCGAUUGCGCCCAAAGUGCAUCUCAAAGUUGAAGUUCAGAUCCAUGUGGAUUCAGGCUGCUGUGUACUUCACCCACGCCUUCCGAACAAGGGUCCCAACUCUGAUGUAGACCUCCGAAGUGGAAUUGAUCCUAACAUGUGGGGCACUGUCAUUCCACCGAUGAUGCAUCGCAGGACAGGGUCAAAUAAUAUGGAAAAUUCUGUCUUGACCUCCCCUCGAGGAAAUUUGCACGCAGUGUUUCCUUCACGACCGACAUUGGAAUGUGGGCUACGAUCCAUGGGGGAAUUGCUUCCGCGGUAUCAGGAACGCUAUAAACGAUACUUAUUGCAAGAUCCGCAAUUUUUCUCCACUGAUCUCAGUGUAUUUUACCUACCGGCAGUGGAUAUUGGACUUCAUUACAAUUCGAUGACCGAAGUGGAUUUACAAUCAAGUGCAGUUGAGACGUUUGGAAUUCACCCCAGACCAAAUGAUUUCAUUCCGUUCGAUGCGGGGCCGAUGAAAAGUACAAACGCAAGGCCAUCGCAAACGAUCCGUUCGGUGUCGCCAAAAACGGAAUUUCGUGGUCGGACUGAGGAUGUUACUGUUUCCGAACCGUCACGGUGCAAUCUAACAAGCCCGUCCCAAGCCGCACCCGUUUCAAGUGGUCUCAAGAAACAAGCGGAGUUGUAUAUAUCAUUUUUCUUACAAAAACUACCUCAGGAACUUGUAAUACACCCGGCUUUGUUGGAUUUUCUGGAACAAGCACUAGAAAACAUUCCUCUUGUGACCGAUACGGAUGCUGACACUAAGUCAUUAUCGUCCGAAGAAGAAAAAUCCACGAAUGAAGAGAAGAAGCGAUCGAAUGACUCCAUCAGUGGUCCCACAUCAUCCCCGUCGCUGGACGGCAUACUCUCGGAAACGUUCCCCGUUCACACGGUGGUGCAUCUUCAUGUACAGCCGUCCGCAGUCCGACUCUUGUGUCUACCCACUUCACGGAUGCAAUGUCUCAUGGUAUUGCCAUUCUUGGAUGCGGUCUUUUCGACCAAGCGCAAUCCGGAGGAACAGCAGUCCGAACUGGAAAAUACUGGCUCCGAUUCCGAAGGAGUCGGGAGAUCCACUACAUCCUCAGAACCUGCCAAUUUGCGAUCAGACAUCAACGCUCGUGGUACUGCCGUCCGUGUGGUAUCUACCCCAAACACUCCUGGAGAUGCUAUUUCCGAGGGUGGCCUUUGUGUCACUGCUAUCCUAAAGGAAUUCCGUAUCUCUGUGUUUCAUCCGUUCGGAGACAUGAAAACCAACCGCACCGAUACUGGUUGGGGUCCAACCUGGUCCGGAGAUUCGUUGACCUUAUUGAUUCGUGAUAUUCAGUUCAGCUUGUCCCGUGUGGUACAGUUGAACUUGAUCCAAUUGGGUCCAUCCGCUGUACGCGGUCCCGGAUUGGAGACGAGCGGUACAACAGCCUUUCCCACUACUGAACGCCCAGACUCCGCACGUGGACGCUAUCUCACUCCGGGGGGUGCUACUGCUCUGACUAGUUCGAUCAGUGAUACUUGGGGUUUGCAUCGGGCUGUGCGUUUCUCCGGUGUUUUUGAUAUCGGAGCAGCGGUCUUCACAUGCGACACCCGGCGUACUCUGGAAAUCUUGGAUAUUCCCAAAGCGUGGUAUCGAAGCAGUUUGGCCAGACGUUUAUUUUUGGGCAACGAAGACGUCCUAGCAGACGGAUUUCCGCCCAGUGAGAUGAAGAAGACACAGACGGCUUCCGAUGACAGUAUUAUUCGCUCGACCAAUGAGACAAUGACAACCGAACCAGGCGAUGGAGACUCCACGCUAGUUCAGUCAAAUCAGAAUGAGGGGUCAUCGAUGGCACCGACCGUUGAUAGGAGGAAGGAUUCUGUAAAGGAUAAAGGUAAGUUGAUCACCUGUUUCAUUUAUUUGUCGUUAUCGAUUCUAGAACUGUGUUCAGAUAAGCUUUCUUAUCACAGACUACUACAAUGUUACACACCCAUCACGACGAGACUGCAACUUGACGUGGUGUGA